GUUUUUAGCCAUUUCGUAUUUAAAUCGAUACAGCUCGUUUAGAGAAAUGCAUGUGCAACUUUGUAAAUAAAUGAUUAUCGAUUGUAACAUUUUAAUGCCUUAUCUAACGUUAGUGACACGAAUAAAGGACAGUAUGUUGUAAAUACAAGCGCUCCGCUCCGUGUGUAACAGAAAAGAACACACAGAAAAACUCCUUCUGAAUCAACUGAGAUCCACGUGAUAAAGAUGGAGUUUAUUAAAGAGGAGACUGAAGACGUGAAGAUUGAAGAAACAUUCAGAGUCAAACAAGAAGAUACUGAGACACAAACAGACCUGAUGCUGCUGAAAAAGGAGAGUCAAGAGCUCGAAGUGGAAGAGAAAAAUCUGUGUGAGAUACAACGUGAUUUCAUGACGGGAGAAAAACCCAGACAGACUGAAAAGAUUUCCUCCCGAAAAAGAGCUCAGAAGACCAAACCUAACAGUUCUAAUCAAACACGAAAACAAAACCUUGAAAUCCACAAGAGUGUUCACCCUAGAAAGAAGUUGUUUGUAUGUGAUCAGUGUGGAAAGAACUUCUCAAAAAAGAAAUGCCUUAAAAUACAUGUAUUUAUUCACUCCACAGAGAAACCUUUCAUGUGCAACCAGUGUGGAAAGACUUUCAAAUUAAAUAAAUACCUUACGACUCACAUGAGGGUUCACACAAAAGAGAGGCCUUUCACCUGCAAACAGUGUGGAAAGAGCUUCUCACAAGAAGUACAUCUAAACACUCACUUGAAAGUUCACACUGGAGAGAAGUUGAUCACGUGUGAUCAGUGUGGAAAGAGAUUCACACGAAAAGGAGACCUUAAUACCCACAUGACUCUUCACACAGGAGUGAGACCUUACAUCUGUCAAGUGUGUGCGAAGAGUUUCUCAUGCAAAGGAAAUCUUAACACUCACAUGAGAACUCACACUGGAGAGAAGCCCUUUAUAUGUGAUCAGUGUGGAAAGAGUUUCAGAUUUAGAGCAACUCUUAGUUACCACAUGACUAUUCACUCAAGGGAAAACUGUUUUAUUUGUCAUCAGUGUGGAAGAAAUUUUAUAGACAGAGAUGAUCUUAAGACUCAUGUAAUGACUCACACCGGAGAGAAGCCCAACAUGUGCCAUCACUGUGGAAAGAGUUUCUCAAAGCAAUUUCUCCUUAAGAAUCACAUUAGAAUUCACACUGGAGAGAAACCCUUCACCUGCAAACAGUGUGGAAAGAGUUUCGCCAUUAAAGUAAACCUUCAGUCUCACACGAGAGUUCACUCUGGAGAGAAGCCAUUCACCUGCCAUCAUUGUGGAAAGAGUUUCAAAAUUAAAAGAAACUUUAACAGUCAUGUGAGCCGUCAUGUGUAAAAUGUACUCUGCCAUCACACUUCAUGCAUCUGUGCAUGUGCUUGAGACCCUAUUUGUGUCGAAGGAGUUUUAUAUGACAUACAAUUAGUAGUGGUUGCAAGACCUGAAUUGAGCAUGUCAGAUAAGGAUAAGGGAGACAUACAAAAUGUGCAGUGCAUGGGAAAAAGCCCUCGGAGAGAAAAAAAAAGCGACUUUUUUGUUUGUCUUUUUUCUUUAGUUUUAGUGAAGCUUGGCCUCCAUCAGAAUUAACUGAAUAUACCUGCUUCGCUCCAGUCACUCUGUGCUGUAAAUCAUUGGUCUUAAACCCUGCUUCCACCACCUGUUGCAUGAAGCUAGAUGAACUAAUUCAGAGUAGAUUUAGAGUUGACAAAACCAAGCAAAUCCCACUUCCAACAGUCAAUAGGCCUGUAAAUGUUCUGUGAUCUCAGCGUUUGAACCUGAUUAUGUUAUUAACUCUGGAGCGCAGACACCUGAAAGAACACGGACAGCCUCAAUUUCAUUAUCUUCUCUGCUGACGAUUAAGAUAUAUUAUUACAAAUGUAAUUGAUAUUCUGUCAGUCUGCUUUUGUUUUCAUGGACUUUUAGUAUGUAUAUCCUUUGUAACCUGUUCUAUUUUGUUGCAUUUUUCCUGCCAGACAUUAGUCACUAUGGCUACUCAUUAACUAGUCAUCUUUGAGACCGUGUAUUUUAAGUCCAGGAUCGUGUGUAGUUUUUGUUAAGAGCUAGUGUGGUGUUCUACAUGUUGUAUCGUUGAUCCUUUUUUCUAUUGGAUUUCCUGAGUUUAGUUUUAAUAAACCAGUUUACUUUAUAA